AUGAACCAUGAUGAUGGUGGAGUCAAUACAAGCAUUUGCACAGACCAAUUGUCCUCCGAAGACAGUGAAUUUGGCUCAAAUAAACGUUGGGGCAAUAACAUAAGCCCUGUCUAUGGGGGGGCCUUUGAGAUCUCCAAUCUGUCUCCAAUCUUUGACUCCACCUCCACCAUUCCACAGAACAACUCCACAAGUCUAUUAAGAGUCAGGACUGAUGCUUCACUCGGUUGCCAAUUAGGCAAAGACAAACAACCAGUGCAGGAGGGCACGUGUCUCAUUGGAACUAUGCAAGUUUACAGAUUCAUCCUCAAAACAAAAGAUCUCACAAUAUCCGGGACUUUGCCUUAUUCGAUUUAG